AAUGUCACCGUAUAAUAUUAUAGUAUUGCACUUGAACUUGUGAACAACAUGGACGCAUUUUAUCUUGUUUCGACGAUUGCUAUCUUUUUCAUGUACAUCCUUUACUAUUUUAUUACCAAAAAAUACGAUUAUUGGAAGAAAAGAAACGUACCCCAUAUAAAACCAUCAAUAUUGUUCGGAAAUUAUGGGGAAUAUAUUACGUUAAGAAAAUAUUGGCCAAAGAUUACGCAAGAAAUCUGCCAAAAGUUCCCGGAUUCUCCCUAUGUCGGGGUAUACUAUGGCAUAGAACCUGCUCUCGUCCUUCAGGAUCCCGACAUAAUCAAACUGGUUCUGGCCAAGGAUUUCUACUAUUUCAAUAACAGAGAGAUCGCAAAUUACACACACCGGGAAUUACUCACUCAGAAUAUGUUCUUCACUGGAGGCGAUAGGUGGAAAGUUCUACGACAAAAUUUAACAGCCCUGUUCUCAUCAGCAAAAUUAAAAAAUAUGUUUUAUUUAAUAGAAAACUGUGCCACCACGUUGGAAAAAGUAAUCGAUGACGAAUUGAAGUCGAGUACAGGAAAUGUAAUUGAGGUUAAGUCUCUUUUAGCGAGGUACACCAUGGACUGUAUAGGAUCUUGUGCAUUUGGAGUGAAUACAGGCACUUUAGCUGGGAAGGAUAAUUAUAAAAAUCCAUUUACAAUUAUGGGUCAGAAAUUAUUUGACACUUCAAACUUCGCUGCUUUGAAAAUGAUCAGUCGAGCAAUGUGGCCUGCUGCAUUUUAUGGAUUAGGUCUAAAAUGGUUCAGCACCGACAUAACAACUUUUUUUAGCAAAUUGCUAAAUAAUGUGUUUGCAGAUCGAUCGUACAAGCAAUCAUCGAGAAACGACUUUGUUGAUCAUGUUUUAGGGUGGAAGCAAAAGAACUACUUAACAGGAGAUAGUGUAACGAAUUUCAAAACUGGCGAGAAGGCCACAAUACAACUUGAAGUAAAUGAUGAUUUGCUAGUAGGGCAAUGUGUUAUGUUCUUUGCUGCUGGUUUUGAAACAACUGCUACUACGACGGGUUUUGUAUUUUAUGAACUUGCGAAAGAUCAAAAUGCUCAAGCUCGGGUAAUUAAAGAGGUUGCCGAUUAUUUUCAUCGCCAUAAUGGCAAGAUAGAGUACGAAUGCAUCAAUGAAAUGCCUUUCGUUCAAGCUUGUAUCGACGAAACUCUUCGUCUUUAUCCAGUUUUGGGAGUUCUAACACGGGAAGUCGUAGAAACGUACACUCUACCAACAGGCCUGCGCUUGGAGAAGGGCGACCGCGUUCAUAUACCAGUAUAUCACAUUCAUCACGAUCCUCGUAACUUUCCGGAGCCAGAUGAAUUUCGUCCUGAAAGGUUUUAUGGCGAAGAAAAGAAAAAUAUCAAACAAUUUACCUAUAUACCUUUUGGUGAAGGCCCCAGGAUUUGCAUUGGUCUUCGUUUUGCAAGGAUGCCAAUAGUGGCAGGCUUACUUACGGUUUUCAAGAAGUACCGAGUAGAACUAGCUGAUGAUAUGCCAAGAAAUAUAAAAUUUCAACCGAGAGCAUUCGUCACUCAAGCCAUGGGUGGUGUUCGCCUAAAAUUUAUUGCUCAUUAAGCACUGAUAUCGAAUUAACAGCUUGGUUCUCUAUUUAUACGGUGCAGACUGCAGGUGUAUUUAAAGAGGUGAUACAAGUUCUGGUACAAGUCAAUAUAAAUUAUUAACCAUGCUCAAUUGGUGUUGUGUGUAGAUAUUAUAGCUUAGGUACUUGCGCCUGAGCUCGCCAUUUCUAUCAACGUUGCUAUUACAGUUGUUUAGUAAAUUUUAGGCGUUGUCGUUGUUUUUAAAUUUAAAGUAACGCAAAUAUCGUUUUCCUCUGAUAAUAUAGUAUCGAUCAUUACGACUAUUCUAUUUAUUAAUUAUUAGUCGAUUGUUUUCAAGACAAAAAUAUUCACUCAAGUGUGUUUGUUCAUUUCUGAAGUAAAUUUUUUUAUUCACGUUA